AUGUUACAACCUUGGAUGAUUGUGGGUGAUUUUAAUGAUUUUGCUUCACUUGAUGAACGUGUUGGCAGCAGCUUCGAUUGCAUGGACCGUAUCAUCAAGUUUCACGAACACUGGAAUAGGUGCAAUCUAAUGGAUGCUGGCUAUGUUUGUAGUAAGUUUACAUGGACUAGACACUCCCAGGGAAGAGUCACUCUUCAGGAAAGGCUUGACAGGUUACUGCACAAUAUUGAGUUGGUUGAUUGUUUUCCUAAUUUAAGAGUGGUUACCUUAACUAGAACGUAUUCUGACCAUAACCCGAUUCUGGUUAACACGGAUUUGGAACUGCCAGUCGAUAAAGAGAAACGACCAUUUAGAUUCGAAGCGGCUUGGAUGAUACAUGAUGAUUUUAACAGGAUUUUUAGUUCAGCAUGGGAUAAAAAGAAAAAUUCUCUUGUGGAUGCGGUGAAAGAGACUAAGAGAGCUCUUAUAGAAUACAAGGAGAGUACUUUUGGGAACAUAUUCAAACGUAAGAAAAUUCUGAUGAAACAACUUCAAGGCAUCUAG